UUCCAGCUCGGAUCGUGAACAUUUCCUCAGCUGUGACGGUGAACGAAGGAAGCAAUGUGAAUUUGCUCUGCCUGGCGGUGGGGAAACCAGAACCGACGGUAAUUUGGCGGCAGCUGAAAGAUGGAUUCACCAGUGAAGGAGAGUAUCUGGAAAUCACAGAGAUCAACCGACAACAAGCUGGGGAGUACGAGUGCAUCACGGCAAACGGUGUUUCAACCCCCGACAGCAAGCACGUCCUUAUCACAGUCAAUUAUCCUCCGAUCAUCACAGAUGUAAAAGACUCCCGUCCCUUGAUGGGAAAGACAGCCCUCUUGCGCUGUGAAGCCAUGGCUGUGCCCGCUGCUGAUUUUCAGUGGUUCAAAGAUGACAAACAGUAA